AAGUGCUGAGUUUGUCCGUUUUUAGUUUUUUCUAGUGUCUACCGUUAUAUUUUUAUGUUAAAAUUAGAUAUAAUCUUAUAAGUAAAUGCAGACUAACAUUGUUAUUUAAUUCAUUAAUAUUAAAAAAAAUUGUGAACUUUUUCACUGCGUAUUAUACCUUGCAAGUUACAACUAAGAGGUGUGGACACGGAAGUGACAAUGUGCCGGUUAUCAUGAAGCAGUAUCCCGUCGGCCACGCGACUGUCAAUGAUUACCUGAUGAUGUACCUAGCCAAAUGGAAGCGGGUUGCUGUUGUAUUACUCUUUGUGUGGAUUGUCGUCACAUACCUCGUCAUAUCGCCGCUAAGGUGUAAUGGCGUUACAGACGACGUGCUGGACUUCCAAGAGCGCUAUAGAAGCCUGUCCUCACAGCUGGAGUCGCUGCGUCAGCAGCACAGCAACCUUAUCGCACAAAUCAGGAAGUCAUCAGGGUUAAAUGGUAACCUCAAAGACCUGGACCCGUCGCUAUUUGAAUCAGCCCAGGGCCCGAGUGAAGAGUAUGAGAAUCUUAGAAGACGUAUAUAUUCCAACACAAAAGAGAUAUGGUACUACAUCAGCCAUGAGAUCGGAAAACUUAUAGCAAAUGAGGUCAAGGUGGAUGCAUUGCAAGCGAUUCUCAACCAAGUAGCUGAUAGGAAAAGGUCGUUAUUAUCGGAUCAGCAGAAGCUUCCAGAAUUAGACGGGUACAAGGAGUGGCGGGAAACAGAAGCGGCGAAUGUGAGCGAGCUGGUGCAGAGAAGACUGAAGCAUUUGCAGAACCCUGUCGACUGUAGGGAGGCGAGGAAGGUCAUUUGCAACUUGAAUAAGGGUUGUGGUUUCGGUUGUCAGUUGCAUCAUAUAGUGUACUGUUUGAUAUUUGCAUAUGCAACCGAAAGGACUCUAAUUCUGAACUCCAAGGGUUGGAGAUAUAAUAGUAAAGGCUGGGAUUAUGUGUUCCAUCCUAUCUCAGAUAGCUGUACUACUGCGUACGAUGAUAAAGUUAUGCCAUGGCCAGUAAGCUACGAUGCGAAAGUUGUGUCCCUUCCGUUCAUAGACUCCAUAUCUCAGAAGCCAAAGUUCCUGCCGCUCGCUAUACCAAAGGAUCUAGCACAUAGGAUAGUCAGGUUCAAUGGCGAUCCAGCCUCAUGGUGGAUAGGACAGAUGUUGAAGUACAUCCUCAAGCCGCGCACCAACAUGCAGAAGGCAAUUAAUGAGACCAUCGCCAAUAUGAACUUUAAAUCGCCAAUUGUGGGGGUACAUAUCCGGCGUACGGAUAAAGUUGGUACUGAAGCCGCUUUCCAUCAUAUCCAUGAGUACAUGACCCAUGUCAAAGAUUACUACGACCAGCUGGAGCUCACUCACCCUGUAGAUAAAAGGAGGGUCUAUCUCGCUUCUGACGAUGCUAAUGUGCUGGAAGACGCUCGCAAGAAGUAUCCAGAAUACGAGUUUAUUGGCGAUGCUUCAAUAGCGAAGACUGCAGCAACACAUCGCCGCUACACUCCUCUGUCUCUGGCCGGUCUACUGGUAGACUUACACAUGCUAUCUAGCUGUGAUUACAUUGUCUGUACAUUCAGUAGCCAGGUUGGUCGUGUGGCGUACGAGAUAAUGCAGACGAAUAGAGUAGACGCGUCUAACAGUUUCUUCUCACUGGAUGACAUUUAUUACUUUGGUGGACAGAAUGCACAUGACCGUGUAGCUCUAAUGCCACACACCGCUAAUGCUAAGGAUGAAAUAUCCUUCAAGGUGGGAGACUUGAUAGGCGUGGCUGGUAACCAUUGGAAUGGUUUCGGCCGAGGUACUAAUAAGAGAACUAAUUUGAAUGGUUUAAUCCCAUGGUAUAAGACAGCAGAUCAUCUGGUAUUGUACCCGUUUCCGGAAUACAAACAAGUGCCUUUGUACAGUGAUACACGACAAAAAGGAUUAUAAUGUAACAAAACUCAAAUGGGCUUUAAACCAAAAUAAUUUCGUUGACAAAAGAAAAUGGACCUUAUGUUAGAACUGUACAAAGUUCAAUAUUGUGCUAACUUAUUCUUGUUAACUCCAUUCCAUUCUCUGUUAUUUGUAUGGUUUAUUCGAAUGUGUGCUUUAUCUGUGAGUGUUAAAGUUGAUAUUGGUAAUAUCGAGUUGGAUUCUCGCGAGUAUUUACUAAGAAAAAUGUAUGAACACAUUAAUUAUUAUAAAAAAAAU